AUGUAUUUAGGCGAGAUAUGCUCACAAUCCUCUCAGCUUAUACCAGAUAGUUCAACAGUGUUCAAUGCGAGAUAUGCUCACAAUCCUCUCAGCUUAUACCAGAUAGUUCAACAGUGUCUAACUUCAGAAAUGCACCUGGUUCAACGAGCAGAAGGGAUUGGUGUAGAUCCUAGUCUAGCCAUGGCUAAUGAUACAGUAUACCAGAUUCAGCAGCAAUUAAACCUACUGAAGAAGUCUACACAGGAGUGUGGUGUAGAGAUUGAGAAAACUAGACAAAUGCAGGAGCAUCAUUCCAUCAACUUCUACAAACAUCAUCAGAUAUCAGUUCAGCUUGAUAACGGACAAUUUCAAGAACAUAGUCAAGAAUAUAUCAGAUGGAAAGAGUGGAGAGAUAAAGUAGCGACAGAACUAAGACAGAGCUAUAAUAUAUUCUUUGUCCCAGUAUUAUAUAUUCUAUGUCCUGGUAUAAUAUAUUCUAUGUCCUGGUGUGAAGACCUGGCAGAAAUUAUCUGGUUGAACAGACAACAAAUCCGCCAACUUGAAAUGAUUCAAGAAGGUCUCAAUAUUCCCAGUCAAGAGAGUAGUAUGAAUAUACUCCCUGAACUGUCUGAUGGUUUAAACCUACUCCUGGAUUCUCUAGUCAAAAGCUCAUUUGUUAUUGAGAAACAACCGCCACAGGUUCUGAAAACCAAUACAAGGUUUAGUGCUACAAUCAGGCUGCUGGUGGGAACUAAACUGAAUGUUCAUAUGUCUCCCCCUGUUGUCACCGCUUCAAUUAUCUCAGAAUCUCAAGCCAAUUCCUUGCUACGCGCUGGACAUACCAAAAAGAACAGAUCUGAAUACAGUUCGGGGGAUAUUGUAAACAAUAAACAAACCAUGGAGUACCAUCAGAGUUUCGGUCAGGCAACUGGUCAGCUGAGUGUCAGCUUUAGGAACAUGUCUCUCAAGAAGAUCAAGAGAGCGGAGAAGAAAGGAACAGAGUCUGUUAUGGACGAGAAGUUUGCGCUUCUCUUCUGGUCUGAGUUCUCAAUUGGGAAUGGGGAGUUUCAUUACCAGGUAUGUGCUCCCUCCCUCCCUGUGGUUGUAAUUGUCCACGGAAACCAGGAACCUCAUGCUUGGGCAACCAUACUUUGGGAUAAUGCAUUUGCAGAGUGGGGCAGACAACCUUUCAUAGUUCCUGAGAAGGUUCCUUGGCUCCAGGUCGCAAAUACUCUAAACAUGAAGUUUAAAGCUUCCUGUGGCCGGGGUCUAACUGAAGAAAACCUAAAGUUUCUGGCAGGAAAAGCCUUCAGUUUCCGUAACUUGGGGUACAACAGUGACUGCUCAAACCUAAUGAUAACCUGGUCACAGUUCUGUAAAGAGCCUCUUCCGGACAGAAGUUUUACAUUUUGGGAGUGGUUCUACGCAGUAAUGAAGCUGACUAAAGAGGAUCUACGAGGCAUGUGGAUGGAUGGAGCUCUACUCGGAUUUGUUUCAAGACAACAGGCGGAAGACUAUCUACAGGCGAGUGAACCAGGCACAUUUCUCAUCCGAUUUUCGGAUUCUGAGCUAGGAGGGGUCACUGUCGCUUGGAUGUCAUUGAAUGAGGAUACAAACCAAAAAGAAGUUUCCAUGCUUCAACCCUACACUAGAAAGGAUUUGAUGAUUCGCAGUUUAGCAGAUAGAAUUCACGACUGUCACCAGAUGAUAACCCUGUACCCGAACCAUCCUAAGGAUCAGGCUAUAGGCAAAUACUACAGUUCACCACCAGAAACGGUACCAAGGAAUCCAAGGAAUGGAUAUGUUCCUCAUCAUUUGGUUAACGUUAUACCUGGCAGCAUGUAA